AUGUCAGCUUCUACAUCACUUUUUAGUCAAAAUCCAAGUCAUGAUUAUGUAACUGAAGUAGUUGAAUUAACAGAAACAACAGGUAAUCAAGGUGGUAGAGGUUAUGGAACAGUUAGUGGUCAAACUUUUGAAGUUGGUACUGGAGAUAUACCUUUAACUCAAAGUUUAGGUGCAGUUUAUCAAAUUGAUAUUUAUGAAAUUGCAGAGCAUACUACGGAUGGGAGAACAGUUCAUCAAUUACGAGGACCAGUUUAUAGUUCAACAUCUACUGUUCUUAGUGGAAUUAGUGGAAAUGAUCAAUCUAAAUUGGGUGUAAGUGGAUUCAUUGUCUUUUUAUUGGUUUUCAUUAAUACUUUGUUAGGAGUUUAA